AUGCGCGUCGCAUUCGGCUCCUUGGGUCUUUGGCUGUAUGGCUUUGCGAGCUUAGCUAAGGCUGCUCGUCUUGACCUCCGCGCUACUUGGGAAGGACCCCUCAGCACCCGUGGUCGCUGGGUUGUCGAUGCCAACGCAAACCGCUUCAAAAUGCGUGGCGGGAACUGGCAUGGUGGAAGCGGAACUUACGACGGCUCUGGUGACAUCAACGACGAUGCCAACCACGCCGGCGAGAAUUCACAUACUAUGCCGCUUGGUCUCCAAUACGUUCCUAUCGACAAAAUCAUCGACUCUUUCGUCCAACUCGGCCUCAACACUAUUCGUCUUCAAUUCUCGCAUGACAUGAUCCACGAUAAUAACAUCGUCAACGAUGCCUGGAUUGCCGCCAAUCCUCAGUUCAGAGGCCUCAAACCACUUGAAGUCUACGACCGUGCCGUCACUGCCCUUACCGACCGCGGUUUCGCUGUUGUCCUGAACUAUCAUACCAUUACGAGCCGGUGGUGCUGCGGAAUCGAUGGCAAUGAACGAUGGGACUCGUCUCAGAGCUUCGAUACCUAUGCUGCCGACUGGGUCUUCAUGGUCAACCGGUACAAGUCCAACAAGCGCGUGGUUGGCGCUGAUCUCUACAACGAGGUCCGCCGCGACAUCUUAACAGACCCUAACUGGGGUAGCGGCGGAGAUGCAGACUGGCAAUCGGCAUCCCAGACCGUCUCUGACCGAAUCUUGACUGCGCACCCCGAUAUCCUCGUCAUUGUCGAGGGCAUCAACUGGGUCGGCAUUCCUGUUGAUGGCUUUUUCCACGAGCGUCCUACUCUCAAACCCGUCGCGCAACUCUCGCACACUCCACUCGUUCCUCACAAGCUUGUCUAUAGCGCACACUUCUAUGCCUACACCGGUCCCAACCAUAGCGGCGCGAGUGGUGUUGGAGAGACCACCGAUGCUCGCUACCGUGACUUCACUCGCGACGAAUUGUUCAACGUUCUCAGAGACACCGCUUUCUAUGUCUCUCUGACCGAGAAGAUGCAUUACACCGCUCCAGUCUGGAUCUCCGAGUUCGGCAGUGCCGGUCUUGGUGAGAACUUCGACCGCAACAAGAUCUGGUGGCAAAACUUCAUCGACUACCUCGUCCAAGUCGAUGCCGAGUACGCCUAUUGGCCUCUUGUCAGCUAUGCCGGCGCAGGAGGAUGGGGACUGACCACGUGGGAGAAGACUCCUGGCGGAGGCAAUCGUAAAACCGUUCUCGACGGCGAUGACUGGAGAGCCACUGCCUGGAACCAGCUUACCAAUAGCGCUGGACGGACUGGCGGAAUCCCCGUUUUCGAUGAAUGGAAGCAGCUCAACAUCGACCACGGCGACUACAUGCAGUCGCAAACCGUUCGCAACACCCUUGGUGACUGGGACAACGGCGCGUUCAAGGCCAACUGCCCCGACAACCACCGUCUCAUCGGCCUUUCCCGCUCCGGUCGCGGUCUUUGCACCGACAAUGGCCUGGGCAAUAUGUUUGGCGGCGCCUUCCAGACCGUCUGGGACGAGCGCAACAUCAAGAACGACUGGGCGAGCGGCUACACCAAGUUCGGCUGUCCAGCCAACCACUUCAUCAGCGGUUAUGCCUUCCGUGGCUCGCGCGUUUCCACUGCCAUCUGCACUCGCGCCAACCGUAACCUCGGCACGAACGGUCGCACUGUCUGGUUUGACCAGGGCGACAACCGGGCCGACCAGCUCGGCGGAGACUUCUCCUUCGGUCAAUUCAAGGGCAGCUGUGCGCCGAAUGAGUAUAUUGGUGGGAUCGCUUUCACGACUAGGAUAUUUAACAAUGGGGCACCAGCGGCAUUGUACUGCGUAUCAUAA